AUGGCAGUGCCCCGCACCAAGCUGCCUUUCUUCGACAUUACCUUUCGCAACCUCGAUGAUGCCAACUAUGAGGCCCCUUCGGACUAUAACCAGGUUGCCCGCCAAUCGACACCGGUCUUGGGGUCCAACGAUGCCCUAUUAAAGGCAUUCGGCGCAUUUGUUGUUGCAGUGUCCGACUUGGAAGACGUCGCUUUCACAGCCGACGUGGGUUCCGAGCGUCUGUUGGUGACGGCCAAGGCGAUUGGCAUCAAUGAGCAACUGCGCACCUUUUCCUCCGAUAGAAUAACCAUCUCCUCCACACCUCUCACAGCCCCUAUUUCCGACGGCCAACUAGAUUUUGAGAUUCAGAUCAUCCCACACGGGAGUGCCUCAAAAGUCCCCAAGCAGCUGUCCAGUGUUUUUGUUCUCGCUGUCUGUCCCACUGCAGGUGGUGAUGUUGCCGAUCUGCAGCUCUUUGUCGACGUGCGCAACGGCCACGCGGAAUCUACAACACACCUUCUCGAGCUCGCCGCGCGCUACCUCGCUCCCGAGCCUGCCACCUAUUCCGGCGUCUCUUCGAACAAGGCUGAGCCAUUCUCUAGUCGGCAAAAUGGCCCGUCCACCAUGAUCAGCCGCCCGCCGCUGCUGAAGAGCGAUCGAAAGCUGUACAGCAGCGAGGCGAACUGUCCUGCCCUAUUCCACAGCGCCUUUGAGCGUCGCGCGACCGAAUCUCCCGAUAACUCGUGCGUUGAGUACAUUUCCGACGCCUCAGGUCAGAUUGAGAAGUGGACCUUUGGCGAGAUUCACGCGCUGGCGGAGAACCUAAUGAAGGAAUUGCACAUUUUGGAGACCAAUGUUGCCUGGAGCAAGCCCUUUAACGGCCAGCACAUUGUACCGCUGUACCUACCAGGUUGCCCCCAGCUCUACGCUGGUUAUAUGGGCAUCAUGAAGGCUGGUUGUGCUUUCUGUCCUCUCCCUCUCGAUGCUCCUCCCGAGAGAGUCCAGGUUAUCCUGGAGGAUAUCGAGGCUCCCGUAGUCCUCGGCCUCGGCAGCAACCCCUUUCCUGGUCUAGCUGUUGAUACCGCCGAACCUCAUAUUUCCGAAUACCUUCGAAACAUCAUUUGGGUCGAUCUGGCCAACAUUCCGGCCUGGCGCGCACACAAACCCGUGGGGGCUCUUGCACCUACCCAGCCCCGAGAGCCCAGGGAAGAGGAUCUUGCCUAUAUUCUCUAUACCAGUGGCUCAACUGGUAAGCCAAAGGGUGUUUUAAUCUCGCACAUUUCCGCCUGCUGUGCCAUUGGCGGUCACGAUGAGAUUUUCCCUCACCUGGCAGUUGGUCCCGAGCUGCGCUGGCUGCAGUUUGCUAUGCCGACUUUCGAUCUUAGUCUGAUUGAAAUCUUUAUCACGAUGGGCAACGCCGGCACGAUUUGUGUUGCUGAGCGCUCGCUCAUGCUUACCGACAUUGAGCGCACCAUUAAGCUCUUUCAGGCCAACACCAUCUUCACCGUGCCCAGUCUGGCCACGCUCCUGCGCCCCGCCAAGGUGCCAUCUCUGACAACUCUUGUCGUUGGUGGCGAGCUGCUUAACAGAUACACUAUCGAUAACUUUUCCUACGACUCACCGCGCGGCCCUGGUGAGCCCCAGCGCCAUCUCAUCAAUAUUUACGGCCCAACCGAAGCUACCAUGGCUGUCGCGACCGAAGAGUCCGCCGUCACCACGCGUGGUUCCAUCAUUGGUGACUGUCUACGCUGCGCGGGCAUCAUCAUCGUCGACCCUAACUCGGAUGAGCUAAUUGAGAUCCCUUCGCCUCUAACUGGUGAGCUUGCCAUCAUUGGACCCCAGGUAGGCUUUGGAUACCUCAAUCGCCCCAAGGAAACCAAUGCUGCUUUCAAAGAUGGCAGCCACCUGGGUCUUGGCCCCGUCUACAAGACUGGCGACAGAAGCCGCAUCGUCUGGAGCGCGGAUGGCAAGCCCAAGGUUGAGAUUCUCGGCCGUCUCAGUAUGGAGCAGGUCAAGCUCAACGGUCGUCGUGUCGAGCUGAGCGAGAUUGAGUCUAGCAUUGCCAAGUCAGAGCUUGUCCGCGAAGUUGCUACCGUUGUGCUCGGCAAGGCCCAGCUCGUGGCCUACCUCUCGCUUGCCGACGCCUUGGACUCUGCCAAAGCUCACGAGACCGCCAUCGCCGACUGCCGUGAUGUCGCGAACCGUACUAUACCCAUCUGGAUGCGACCCAGCGACUACACAGUCCUGGCGGAGCUCCCUCGCACAGCCAGUGGCAAGGUCGACCGCAAGGUGCUCCAGAAGUGGGCGCAAGAAACGUUUGGUGUCUCUACGCCCGUCCCUGCUGCCCAGGUUACCAAGAUUGCGGUGGACUUUGCUAGUGAGGACAGCGUCCGCGAGCUCAUUGUCAAGACCAUCACGUCUGUCAUUGGCGAGACGGCCACUUCCGCCGAUGCCACUACGCCGUUGUACACAUGGGGCAUUGACAGCCUUCAAGGCAUGCGCAUCCUGCAGACACUCCGAGAGCACGAGGUUGAGGGCCUCGCCCUCAACGACAUCAUGGUCGGCAACAGCCUCAACGCCCUCACCAAGCGCAUCGUUGAGUUGCACGCGACCAAUAAUACCGAUGCUGAUGUCGAAAUGAACGACGGCCCGAUUGAGAUUGAAGACGAAGAGGAGCUACUCUUCCUGCCGCUAAAGGCCAAGCUCAAGCACUUUGAAGCCGAAUGCCGCCAGCAGUGCGCCAAGGAUCUCGAUAUUCCGGUCGACGACAUUGAGCAUGUCCUUCCUUCAACUGGCAUGCAGACUCGCAUGGUCGCCUUCUUUCAGGAGUGCGUGGACGAGCUCGGUCUCAGCAAGCCGUACAUCGAGCACUUUCCCUACAAGGUGCCUCAGAUAUUUGACUUGGAUCGCUUUGAAACGGCCGUCCUUGCUGUGCUCAACGAGCACGACGCUUUCCGCACCAUUACCUGCCCGGUCGAGCACCCCCUCACGCCCUUUGCGCAGGUCGUCCUGAGCAAAGAUUCGCCGCGUGCCGCGCUUCCCGUUGUCCGCAUCACAUGCUCGACCUACGACGAGAGUCCCAACAGCCUGUGGACUAAGACGAUUGAGCAGGCGCAAAAGUCGGCCUAUGAGGUGCUGGACCUGGCGCACCCGGGCGCCGUUGUCACCUUUAUCUACGACGAGGAUCGCGAGCACUGCGUCAUGGUGUGGUCGCUAUUCCACAUGAUUUAUGACGGCAUCAGCCUCGAGGUGCUGCGGCGCGAGAUUGCCGGCGCGUACAAUGACCCACACACCGUGGCAACCAUUGCCGCCAAGUGCCCCAAGGGUGUGCGCCUGCCCAUCGAGGCGCACUACAGCGGUGACUGGCUCGAGACGAGCUUGUACUGGAUGCGCGAGCGCGCCGGCGCCGGCUGGUUCAAGCUCGGCGAGCGCGCGCUGCCUGUACAAGGCGACUACUCGGAGUCGUUCCGCAACGGCGACGUCGCGUGCGAGACUCUUGUCUCGAGCCUCAGCCUCGACGACCUCAAUGAGCGCACGCGAAAGCACGGCCUCAACUCGUCACUGGCCGUCACGCAGGCCGCCUACUCGAUGGCGCUCGCGCAGACGAUUGCCAAGCUCGACGGCGCCGACAGCGACGUUGAGGUGCAAUUCGCGACCGUCAUCCACGGCCGCCAGACACCCGCGGCGCUCGACUGCGUCGCGCUCAUGCUCGAGACGCUGCCCGCGUACAUCAAGUACCACAUCGGCUCCGGGGCCACCAAGACGACGCACCGCGAGGCGUGCCGCCACAUGCUUGCCGAGCACAUCGGCCAGAUGCCACACGCGCAGAUGCCUUGCACGACCGUCGACUUUGCCAAGACGGGCCGCCGCAUGGACAGCUCCAUUAUCUUGCAAGCCUAUCCCAAGCCGCCGACGACCUGCGUCUCUGCCUCAACCGACAGCGAAAGCAUAGUCGUCGACGACCUACCCGGGUUCAACCGCGAGGAGAACCUCCUGCCCCCCUGGCAGGAGACUUUUACCGGCUACCCGCUGCUGAUGGAGCUCUGGCAAGGCUUUGACCGCGCCGACGAGAAGCUGCGUAUCCGCUGCUCGUACGUCCCGACGUGGCCGGGUUACGAGUUUAUGACCAAGGCGUGGGCCCAGGGCCUCAACGCCGCCCUCGAGGCCAGCCUCGUGCGCAUACUCAGCGAGCCCGACGCCGAGUUUGACCCGGUGGCGUUUGUCAAGGCUGAUGCUGCUGAUGCUGGUGGCGCCUCCAUGGAUGUCUCUGCCUAA